AUGUUUCCAACAUUUCUCGUCUUGCUGUUCUUCAGCACAGCCUGGUGUCAAACCAGCGAAUCGCCUCCGUCUUCAACUUCUUCUGAAAAUCUGUCAACCCCAAAAGUUAACCCUCUACAGCUCGCCAAUUCAAGCAGUGGCCUCUAUGAUUCACAAGGUUUUUUCUUCGAAUAUAGAAAAAAAACGAUGAGUUCAGGAAGAAUUCGGCUAAAACUUGGUCAUAUCGGUGCUAUGAACGCUCUUCGGAACGACGUAAAAAUCCUGGAAAUUUCUCACAAUUCUCUUCGAGCUGAAGGCAUCCUCGGCGACGAUUUCGAUGUGGAGUUAGUCAAAAUAUAAGCUAAAUCAAUUAGAAAAACAAAAUUCAAGCAUUACCUCUCAAAACGGCUGCGGAGAAUCUUAUGAAGGAGUGGCGGUGGCUGCCGACAUGUACCAUUUGCAGAAAGUUAGGGCUUUUAUUGGACCUUAUUGUAAUGCCGGUCAGUUCUAAUUGGACAGAGUUAAUAAAAAAUGGAGGGAAAUUCAGAAAUGGACGCUGUGGCAAGAAUGGCUGCAUUUUGGAACAUUCCAAUCAUCGGCUACAUGGCGGCUUCCAACGCGUUGGCUGAUAAAAAUGCCUAUCCGACUUUGGCGAGAAUUUCGGUGUGCCUGUUAUUUUUGUACUGUUCAAUAGUAGAAAACUUUCAUAGAAAGAACGUUUUAGGAAAAAAGCUACGACUAAUUUUUUUUUUGUAGACCAUUGAAGAUCUAACAGCCCAACAACGGGCUCAAAAAUAGGAAAUUUUCAAGAAUAUGCAAGUUUUGAAUGGUGUUAGUAUAUAGUAAGAAUAUAGUUCAAGCAGUUUAAGGUUUUAUAUUUCACAAACUGAAGAAACAUUCGAGUUACUCAUCAUUAAAUCCUUCCAGAGUUGUUUACCAAGUCUUAGAACGAAUGAAAAAGUAUCAGGCCAUACGUCUCGAUCACUUCUUCAACGUCUGGGCUUAUUUUGGAUCUUUUGAAAAUAAUCUAAAUCCAACUUAUCUGCAGGGAAAACAAGGAUGAGAGUUACUUUCAUCAUAUUUCUAGAAGUAUUUAGCUUUUCAUUGUGAAAACCAGGCAUUGAGGCAUUCUUGAAGCCUAUAAAAUCGAGAAAGAACGAAAUUUCGAUAAAAUAGGUUUUGUAGAUGAGAAGUACGAACUCGAUAGCCGAAGCGACUUGCGCGCUUCUUGCCCACUACGGCUGGUACAAAGUUGCCAUCGUAACCAACAGCGGAAACUUGGCUUACGAUAGAGUUUACGCUUUCGAAGAAGUUUUCCAUCUUCGUGGGAUAACUGUGGUGAAGAAGGUUUCAAGAAUCAAAAAGAGUUCCAUAAAAAUUGAUAACCAGGUGAUGUUUGACGAGUUUGCUGACAAGAAAUCGAUGAUCAACUCCGGACUGCUGAACGAGUUGAAGAACUCGGCUAGAAGUUGGAAUUUCAACAAAAAUUCAAAAAUCCAACAUUUAAGUCAUCAUCUGCUUGUUCUCGAACACUAAAGAAACUUCGCGGGAGUUUCUGACUGCUGCAAAUGAACAAGGAAUGAGUGUCAAUGAGUUCGCCUACGUUUUCCCAUGGCUGCAGGUUAUUAAAUAUUUGAAAAUGAGUGUGUACAAUUAAAAAUUCGAGGUCCAGGAUGGAGGAAAGGACGUGAGUCCAUGGAGCGGUGCCGAGGGCGAAAUGAUGCAAAAAGUCAAGGAUCAAUACGCGAAUUCAAUUAUAGUGAGUUCCGAAGAGAAAGUCGGAAUGGUGAAUAAUGGCCGCUGAAAGGGAGAGGCUCAAAAAAGGAGCCUUUGUCACCCUAAAAGAAACAUUUCUAUGAAGCUUUUUUCCACCCUUUCCGGAUUAGCCUAUGUCUGAAAUCAACAGCAUGAAAAAACUAAAUAAUUUCUUGAAGUUGAAAGUCCGGUUUUUCAGUUUUUCAAACCCAAAUUUUCAGGUCAAAUUAAGAAUAACGACUGGUGUGAGAGCUGUUAUGCAAUAAGCCGAAAAAAAUCUAAUUUCUUUAAAAUUAAUAUUUAAAAUCUCUGACCGUUUUUCCUGAACUAAAAUUUCAGAUUGACGACGUCAACAGCUUCGACAACACAAUCAUUGCACCAUUUAUUGAACGAAUCAAGGGCGUCGGACUUACUGAAGCCGAUGUCGAUAUUGUUAGUUACUUUUCUAAAGAUAGACAUUUAAGGAAACUUGUUGAUCCUGUAUAAAAUAAAAUAUUUAUCAAAAAUCUACAUUCAGGCCAACAUUUACGGUUACCUGUACCUUUUCGACGCCCUGAAGCUGUACGCCCUGGCCGCCAGGGCGGUAUUGAACGAAACUGGCGUCCCCGAAAACUUACUCAAUGGCCGGAUGAUGUGGAACAGCAUGCGGCGGAUGCAGUUCGAAGGUAUUCGCAAAAAAUUAACUCAAAAAAAAACUAUUUUUCAGGAAUGUUGGGCUCCAGUGGAAUUUCUUCUGGCCAAAUUUUGAUGGACGACAGGGCUGAAAGGGCGCCUGUUUAUCGCGGAUUUUUCGUCUCUCCAAACUCGGACACGGUCAUGCCCAUGGUGGACAUGCAGCCGACGUUGAUCGAGGGUUGCAACGGACUCGCCAACAAAUCGGGCUGUUAUUCCAUUGUCGUGACCGACAUUCUGCGAGACUUCUGGCCGUCUACUGACAGGAAAAUGCCGAAGGUUUUGAGAAAUAGCGUUAUAGUCUGUCGAGAAGUCUAGAGAGAUUUUUCAUAUCCCUGAAAAUAUGCCAGUAGCUUCUUAUGGUCCUCACUCCAAAAAAAAAAAACAUUUUUCGGCUUUUUGGUCACUCCUGUUAUGAAGCUCGAUUUUGCCUAUAGAAAUGCUUCUUCGUUUAGAUUUCAUAACAAUCAUCAGCUAGCAUGUCCCCUUUAGGGGCCACUAAAUGAAACCCCUUUAGGGACCACUUUUUGUUUUUGGAAAAAAUAUCAGACUUUUCACGCGAUUACUAGGUCUUAUGUAAUCGACUGGCUUAGAAACAGUUGAAAUAUGAAAAAUAGGGGCUGGCAAAAUGGUUCCUAGAGGGGACCCUCCAAGCGCUCCUAAGGUUGCCCCUAUAAGGAUCACUCUAAGCUCCUAAGGUAGUCCAUAUUUUUGCCGUGAAUAUUAUUCCUAUUUCUAGGACGAGCCCGACUGUGGAUUCCGCAACGAAAAAUGUGAUUAUACGCUGCUGAUAAUCGGUGUGGCUUUGGUCGUUCUUUUUUUCAUCGCCUUUGUUAUUGCCUACAUUGGCAGAAAAAUGUGGUAAGAUUCUAGAAAUAUCAGAAACCUCCUGAAACUUUCAUUGAAGUGAAAACGCAGCCUUGGACAAGCUUCCAUUCCGAAUCUUCCGAGACGACGUUCAAUUUAUCGACGAGGAGCAGUUGAAAAGCAUGGUUUUUUAAAAUUUCCACACGGUUUUGUCCAUGAAAAAGUUUUUUAGCUGUCCCUUGGAAGUUCGAGGACCAAAAUGAGCAACAUGAACUACGGGUCAAGGAACCAUGCGAUUGUUGGAACCAAUACUCAUGCCAUCUAUCACAAGUACUGAAAUAAAAAAAAGCUGAAAAGGCUAUUUCAAAAAACUUUAGAUACAAUCAACGACGGCCGAUCGUGUUCAAUCGUGUUGAUAAAACCUUGUUGCAACUGGUGAGAUUAAAGAAAAAUAUGGCCGCAUGUAGAAUGGCUCGAAGGUAGGGACCGCAAAGCCACGCCCCUUUUCGCGAUAGAAAAAGUGGCUUUUUUUUGGUUUUCAACUUUCAUUUUGUUGUAGUUGUAAAAUAUGUGGAACUGGCGAAUAAAAUUUGACACACAUGUACAGAAAAAAGCUUCCUCUUUCGUUUAAAAAAAUAUUUCACGCUUUUUUUGAUGCGUUCUCGCGGAAUGUCGUACAAAAAAACGUGAAUGGAACUAAAAAAAUUUUUGUCGUUUUUUUGCUUUUUUUCAUGUGUUUUUUUAGGUCGAACGCACUCUUUCUUUUUUUAAAAUAAUGAUUUUGAUUCAAGUAACGGUAAUUUUAAAACAAUAAAAUAAAAAAAUUCGUCUUUGCCAAAAAAAUUUUAGGGAGCGCCGAAAGUCAUAAUUCAAAAAUAUCGUUAAUAAGCGAAUAUAAUCGAGUUUUUUUGUUUUUUUCAAAAAUUUAGACCAUGGUCUUACUUAAAUUUUUUUCUCCACAGCACCUGUGCUUGAAAAAAAGUUGUUUAAUACGCAAAAAAAUGCUCUUGAAACUAGAGAAAAAAAUUAGCGGCGUUUAUCACACAGAAAGCGGUCGAACGCAGGUUUUUUUCAAACGAUUAUAUACAUUUAUUAGUAAAAAAAUCUUUCAAUUAAAAAGAAUAAAAUAAAAAAAUUCGUCUUUGCCAAAAAAAUUUACGGGGCCGUUUUUAAUGCAGCGAUCGUUAAACGAGGCAAAAAGCACUAAAAAAACAGUUUUUUCGAAGUGAAUUUCCACGAAACGUUUGAGUAAAGAUUUGCGAACAUAUUCUGAUAAAAAAAUAGCUAAAUUACUUCAAGUUUUUUUAUUUUUUUGAAAUAGGCAAUCUGUGCUAUUCAAACGGCUCAAGGGUAUGGGGGAUGGAAGCUCCCCGCGUUGGACCUAACAGCUUGGCGCAACGCGUGCGCUCCGAUUUUACAUUUUGAGGUCGCGAGUUCGAUGCCCGCAAGCGCCAGUUUUUUUGUUUUCUGGAAAAAUACCGACUUUUUUUCGGCAAACUAGCUGAUUAGCAUCAUUUCAGCACUCUAUUAUGAUUUGUUACAUCAUAAUAGACCAGUAUCAAAACUUGUUCUAGAAGAAAAAAAUCGAGAAAAAAAUGUCAAAAAUGGAAAUACCAAAUUUUCAGUACUAAAAACAUGGUGCGCGGCGCGCCACCUUUUCCGUCAUAACUUUUUUCAUCCUCAAUCUUUUUUGAAAAACUAAACGGUUCUGAGUUUUGAAUCGAAACAGCUAUCGAACCAUACAAAGCUCAAUGCUGAAAAAAUUUUUUUGAAAAUUCGUCUGCGGUCCCUAAGGCUCGAAGGGUCGCGGUUUUAGUCAAUAAAAAUUAAUGGCACUGAAAAGUAAUUUGUGUUCGGGAAAAGCUUCAAAGUAACCGCGAGUCAUUCUCCGUGCGUCCAUAAGAAAUAUAGCUUCAAAAAUUGAAGAAAUAAAUACUUUAGAUGAAAACCGCCGUUCAUGACAAUAUCAAUCCGUUCUUGGGAAUGGUUUGGAACGAGAAAGAAGAGAUGCUCUUGGUUUGGAAGUUUUGUUCAAGGUGGGGACUUUGGGGUUUCAAGUAGAAGUAUUUUUGAAUAAAUUUGGAGCCGGAUAUCAACUUUUCAGGGUUGUAUGAAGCUAUUUUGUAGCUUAAUUUAGGUAAAUUGAAAUAUGGUUGGUUUUUUUUAACUGAUAUAGUCCGUUCACCGCGACUUGACAGUUUUCGCAUGUCUGCGUCUCUCUGCUCCCUCACCGACGAGGUCAGAGAAACAUGGAAAUAUCACGUAAACAUUAGAGAGACGUCGAGAGAUAAAGAGAGCGCAGAGAAUUCCCGCCUUUUUAAGUCGCGAAAAGCGGACUGUAAGACCAUUUUAGGGUUUUUUAUUCAUAAGUUUUGUAUACGGAGGGAAUUUUUAGAACUCUAAUAUUUUGAAAGCUCAAUUUAAUUGAUUACUUUUCUGAACUUCUUUUCAAAGAACAAAGAUUAUCAAUAGCCUCAUUAAAAACUAACAGACCUUCAUUUUAAGAAAGAAGAGUUUAUUUAUUUUUUAUGCUGAACACAUUAAAAACUUUUUCAAGGCUUUCAGAAGACCAGAAAUUCCUAAAAAACCCUUCAAACAGUUCUUGAAACAAUAACAACCUCAAACCCUUCAGAGGAACCCUCCAAGACGUUGUCUACAACGAGAACAUCGCCCUGGACUCCAAGUUCCACGGCGCCUUCGUCCGAGACAUUCUAUCGGGUCUUGAAUAUCUUCAUGCUUCCCAAAUCGGCUACCACGGUUCUCUGACCCCUUGGGCUUGUCUCAUUGACCGUAAUUGGAUGAUCAAGUUGACUGAUUAUGGUAGAGAAAACAAGAGACGAGAUAUGAGAAACCUGAAUCGCUAGGUAUCGCCGACCCCCUGGAACGUUGGGAAAAGCAACAGACAAUCACUAGGGAUGCCCUCCAAUCCGAAGAUGAUCGCUCCCAAUCGCUCCAGGCCACCAGUUUGAAAAACUCAGAAAUUAUAAGAAAUGACAACGAGAUUGUUUAGGCGCUCUUUAUGACGCUCCCGAGCUGCUCAAAAAUCGAGAGAAAAAUCGACUGAGACGUGUGGAUCAAGACUGGGCUCGGCAAACUCAAGUAAAACUUUUGACCGCAUUUGGAAUGGCUCAAUAUGUCGCGGUUUCUUUAAAGAGCUUCCCAGGCUGAAAUAGGCCAACUAGCGCAAGUAGGUUUAAGUCGGAUUCCAAGUUACUGCUUCGUAUUGAGUCAAUUUUUAGGCCUUUGAAAAGUUUUUUUAGUUAUUGGGCACUGUCGCCUGUCUGCGCUCUCUUGUUCUCUCUACAUCCCUUUCGAGGAAAUAUGAAGAGAGUGCAGACAGUCAGAAUUUUAACUUUGAGCUUGUGAUAAAUGAAGUGAUCUUUCUCAGACCCGACGACAACUCGGUGACAUUUACGCCUUCGGAAUGAUCAUGUAUGAAAUCGUGUUCCGUUCCCUGCCUUAUCCUGAAGGGACCAACAUUUCUGGUUAGUUUUUCGGCAUAUUUCAGGCCCAAUUUUAGACUCGUCUAUUUCAAAAAAUUUGGGAAAAAGUUACUUAGAAACAAGUAUUUGAAAAAAACCACAGAAAAAAAGAUUGACUAUCAAAAAGCGUUCCAGAAGUGAUCGAAGCGAUCAAAGACGGUAGCAGGACAGUGAAACCAUCGAUUCCGACGAACAAAGUGCUGAACAUGGACCUGACGGCGUUGAUCAGCGAUUGCUGGCAUUCGACCCCCGAGAUGAGGCCGUCUUUGAGAAGGAUCAAGCUUAAUAUCGACAGCUACUUGAAUGUGUAUUUAUCCCUUUGAAAAUCCCCGGAAAAAGUCUCGUUUUCUUCUAGGAAAGGCUCUCUGGUGGACCAGAUGAUGAGGAUGAUGGAACAAUAUGCGAAUAACCUCGAGAAACUCGUCGCCGAACGAACUGGAAUGUUAGAGGAGGCCAAUGUCCGAGCCGAUAAGCUCCUCAGCCAGCUUUUGCCUGCGUAAGAUUAACCGAUAGAAAACAUAUAAUCUUUUUCUUCAGUUACGUCGCAAAUGAACUGAAAUUAGGUAGACCGGUUCCGCCAAAGACCUUCACCUCAGCGACGGUUUUGUUCAGGUAGGCUUGAUUUAAAGAGACGACAGAGAAGGAGGGGGUUCUAUCACUUCUCUGGCGUCUCUUCCGUUUUUUUUAAAGAAGAAACUAAAAUUCCUCAGAAAAAAGACUACAGAGUGUUCUGUUAAAAACAAGCCUUCUUUGGGUCUCAAAAAGGAAAAAAAGCUAAAUUUAGUCUUCUUCAAAAAAAUCGGCAGAAAAAUGCUAUUUUUGAUAUAUUUACGGGUAAACUUUGAAAGUCUUGAAACAUUGAUGGUAUUUUCUAACUUUUCAGAACUUUUUUUCUAUCUUGAUUCACGGCGUUUUUGCUAGUAAGAAUUUCGGAUCAUUUUCAAUUUCGCGAAAAUUACUUUGAACACGGCACGUGCGAGAGCGCCGCAGUGCAUGCACACGACACACUACACUUUACGGAAAAAAUAUGGGCGUUUUUUUUUUGUUUGACGACGCCCUGCGCCGAGAUAUUAAUUAUUUGAAAAAAAAGGCAAAGAAAAGCGAACGAAAUGCAAGUAUAAUUACAAAAAAACCUUAUUUAUUUCCUGAUUUUCUAACUUUCUAUACUUCUUUUCAUAAUAAUGAUGACAAGUAUUCAUUCAGUUCACAAGAAAAAAACUGUUCCUGAGAAAUCAACAAAUGAGAAAUUACACAAGAACUUUGUUCCUAGCUGAAACCUUCAGCGACAUCGUCGGCUUCACGGAAAUGUGCCAAAACGCUACGCCAGUCGAAGUGGUGACGGUGCUGAACGGCGUCUUCGACGGCUUCGACCAGUUCAUCGCCAGAAACGACGCCUACAAGGUCGAGACGAUCGGCGACGCCUACAUGGUCGUCUCCGGGGUUCCCGAAGAGAACGGCCAUCGACACAUCAACGAGAUUGCGAGGAUCGCCAUCGAUGUUCACAAAGUAGAGGAGGAUUUAUAGCUUUUAUAAUUGAUUUACAUGUUUUCAGUUCCUCUCUGAUUAUCAAGUGCCGCAUCAGAAGAAUCUCCGGGUGCAGUGUCGUCUUGGUUUCCAUACAGGUAGAGUUUUUACGAGAUAAUACGAGAAUGAUGAAUAUUGAAGAGGAAAAGAUCAAAAAAGAACAAAUUAUUAGGGUUCAAGGCUUCCAAAUUAAUAUUUUAAAAAUCAGAUGGACUCAUGGAUUCUGAAACUUUAGAUAAGCGUACUUUUUCGAGUUUUUUCAGGUAUAACUAUUUUUUAACGUUCAGUAACUUGGCUACAGAAAAAAAAAUAUUGCAAAAAAAGGAAUUAUUUUAUUUUUCACGUUCAUUUUUUCACGAUUGUCCAGAAAUAGGUCCUGAGUUGAUUUCUGAAGUUCUUACUGUAGUUUUUGAAAUUUUUGUGAUAAGUUAACAGCAUAAAUAUUUUGCACAAGCACUUGAAAAAUGAUAAUUUAGGAGAAAAUCCAAAAAAAAAAACUUUUUCAGGCCCAGUAGCUGCGGCGGUCGUUGGCUUGAACGCACCGAGAUACUGUCUUUUUGGUGAUACGGUAAGAUUUUUUUAAUCCGAAAAAAGGAAUCUCCUACACGGAUGAACAAAUUUUGAGUGAAGAUGAAGACGAGUGAAAUUAAAUUUGAUAUAUUUUUUUUUUGCAAAUUUACAAACUUAGGAGUUAUAAAAUGAUUCUUUUCCCAUUAAAUAUUCUUUUUCUAUUUUAAAAGCUUAUUUCUAGGUGAACAUGUCGUCAAGGAUGGAAAGCAACGGAGAAGCCGGAAAAACACAAAUUUCUGAAGCCGCGAAUCGCUUGUUAUUGGACGAAUAUCCGGAUUAUAUCACUGAAGAACGCGGAGAAAUCCCCAUCAAGGUGGGAUAUCUAGAUUUUUUACUUAUCGAUGACUCAACAUAAACUUAUGAGCUUUUCGUUGGACCUGAAACACUCUGACUUGUCUGCGCUCUCUUUUCUUUCACUCGAGAGGUUUUAGAAAGAGGAACAAAGCACGUAAACACGAGAGCUUCAUUGAGAAAUGUCUUUUUCAGUAUUUUUGAGGGAACUUCAAGGAAUUUGCUUUGAUUUGAACUUGGAGAACAAAACGAAAAAAAAAAAUUGAUGGCUCAUUUUUUUUCCCAAGCAUGGCAUUCCUAAUGGGGUGAGGGAAGAGCGAGGCGUCAAAGUUUCUGAAUUCACAAAAAAAGUAAGUGCGCGCUCCGGAUAAAAUUACGAUCGCCUUUGGCUGCACACUUCAGAUUUGAAUUUUCGCGCCAGUUUUUUUUUUUGACCUCGCAUGCUGAGCAGGGUAACCCCGCCGUGCUAACACGGGGUCUCAGCGGGUGCCCCCGUAUAAAACCCGUAAAAGCCCAGCUGAUAGAACUUUUGGCAAUUUUUAGCCCAACUGAGACCCCGCUUUAGCACAGCUGGGUUACAUAUUUUUCUUACACCCGUUGUUCCCCCGUUUUAGCCCAACUGAGACUAAAAUAACCUCAGAAAUACGGGUUUAAUACACCCGUUGAGACACCUGAUCAGCAUGCGAGACGUCUCCCCAACCCGUUUGGGAACGCCGUGCCAAGCAAGCUGUGAAUGGACUAUCCAAACCGAACAAGUCUCUUUUUCCCAGGAAAAAAUAACAGAACUCGAUGUUCAAAACUCGAAAAAGCCUCUUUUUUUUUCAGGGAAAAGGAAUGUGCAAGACAUAUUGGCUGAUCGGGGCAAAAAACGACGUGGCGAACAACUCCUACAGAGCCCCGACGACCAAGGCGUCCGGCAGCGGUGGAUUUGGCGAAAUGAUCUCCAAAGACACUGGAAAAUUGUCCCGGAACUCAACUGGAUAUGGUCGUGCUUGA